AUGGUAAACUUGGCCGAUACACUUAUGAUAAAUACGGUGACGGACGGAGCUAUGAAUUUUUUGCGACAUAUUGGCAUCUUUAAAACCCAACAACCUACUCCACAACCAACUCAGAUUAUCGUAAGGAUGCCGCUGUGGCAACUAGCACAGGAGGCGGGGCCCUUUGUGCGCCUGGCUGGAUUGAGCGGUGCUGCCGCUGUAGUGUUGGGUGCAAUGGGAGCACAUCGCACGUUCCCUGAGCCCGAAACUAAGGAAGAUUUAAGGAAAAUAUUUGACACAGCCAACCGCUUCCAUUUCUUACAUACACUUGCACUUGUUACAGUACCUCUUUGCAAGAGACCAAUGAUUGCUGGUGCUUUCUUUAUUACUGGCAUGGCACUAUUUUGUGGGACCUGCUACUACCAUGCUUUCACUGGAGACCGUUGCUUCCGGAGGCUCACCCCCAUUGGCGGAUCUUGUCUUAUACUUGGAUGGGUUGCAAUGGUGCUGUAA